AUGGACAGCAAGCACGCAGUCUACCGUCACUUCAAGGUGCCGGCCAAUAGCGUUGGCGAGAACGGCACCAAGCUGGAACGGCAUGCGCGUCGCGAAGUGCAUCUCUGCACUGCAGCGCCGAAGACUGCACGUGACGCCGUGAAGGCGCUUUACAAGUCCAAGUUGAAGGCCCGUGAAGCGAAGCGUGCGGCUGAAAUUGCGGCGGUCGGCGCAGUCAACGGCAGAGGUUCGGACAAGAAGAAGAGUCGGAUGACCGACUUCUAUGGCGACGACGCCGUGUGCGCGAACCAAGCUGCGGACGAGGCCAUAAGCCUCUUCUUUGCCGCUCUCCAUGUGCCGGAGCAUCACGCGGACCACCCACUGUGGCGGAAUGUGGUCUCCAGCAUCCAGCGCGCGGGGCCAAAUUACGCGGCGCUCGCUCCUAUCUCAGCAAGCUGGCGCCGUGACGGUGUCACCGUGGCAAGCGACAUGUUCUCCGACAAGGCCGGCCACCCGCAAGCCAACGUGCUCCUCAUCAACGAUAGCGGUGCGGUGUUUGUGGAGUCGAUCGACACGAAGAUGGAGAUGAAGACCGGGGGCUACAUCGCGGGCAUCUUGCGGCCCAUCAUCGAAAAGGUUGGCCCUGAGAAUGUCGUCGCCUUGUGUUUUGACGGCGGCUCCAACUACGUGGCGGCAUGCAGGGUGUUGAUGCGCGAGUAUCCCCACAUUGAACUCAUCCCUUGCGCGACCCAUGUCCUCGAUCUCCUGAUGGAGGACAUCGGGAAAAAGGGAUGGGCAAAGGACAUCGUCACGCGCGGGGACACCCUCAUCUCGUUCGUCCGCAACCAUCACUUCACCCGGGGAUACAUGCGGAGUCUGCUCGUGAACGGCGGCAAGGGGAAACAGGUUCUCAAGCCCGCGGGAACCCGAUUCGGCACCAACUACAUCGCCAUCAACCGCCUCUGUGAAGUGCGUGCCGGCCUGACGCAGAUGGUCCUCAGCGAUGAGUGGGUCGAGUGGACUGCGGCUGUAGACAGGGCUGGGGCAGACACAUUCAAAAACAACAUCCUCGAUGCCGCGUGGUGGACGCGCGCCGAGUUCUUCGCUAAGCUGAUGAGGCUGCCAUUCGUCGUCAUGCGCAAGACUGACUCGGAUUCGAAGGGCAUGAUGGGUCGUCUCUACGACCUCAUGCUCCAGCUCACCGAGGACAUCCGCGACUUCCUCGACGAGCAUGCGGAAGGGGUCCUGACAAGCGACGAGGUGGGGGAUAUUCGGGAGAUCGUGCAGGACCGCUGGGACAACGGGCUGGCGUGCAACCUGCACGUGAUUGGCCGCAUCCUCUACCCCACCAACCAGGAAGAGUGCAUUUUCCGCACCGACCUGGAGUGCACGAGGGUCUUCAAGCAGUAUGUCUCCAAGCACCAUGGUGACAAGACGGUCACCAGGAAGGACGGGGUCGAGCGCCGCGCCUCUCUCGUCAUCCAGGAAGGCCUCAAUGCCUUCCUGAACCUCCAAGGCAGCUUCGGCAUGCCCGACGCUAUUGCCGACCGCCAAGCAGUGAAGGAGGGCAAGAUGACGGCGGUGGACUGGUGGACAUGGCACGGGACCGAUCAUCCUGAGCUCACCACCAUGGCUUGCCGCGCCAUCACGCAGCCGGUGUCUGCGUCUCCAUGUGAGCGUAACUGGGUGAAGUUUGAUGCAGUGCAUACGGCAAGGAGGAACCGCCUCGGCGCGGUGAAGCUUCAUGACCUGGUGUAUGUGACGCACAAUUGGCAGGUGGUGCACAACUGGCACAAGGCCCCUAAAGGGCUGGGGGUGGUGAAGGGAAACAUCGAGGACCCCCCCCACUCCGGCUGGCUAUAA